CCGCCUUUUCCGGUCUGCGCGGCCGCCAUUUUCUUCGUGUGGGGAAGAGAGAGAGAAGGAAGAAGCCGUCGUCGUCGUCGCCGCCUGGAGGAGCAGCUGCGUCUUCCCUGCCGCCGUCGGGAACGUCGCCGUGGGCCCUCACCUCCCCCCAGCCCCUACUCUCUAUCUGCCUCUUGCCGCGGGGGGGAGGAGGAGCGCCCCGCCAACCAGCCAUGCCCUCCUCGCCGCUCCGGGUGGCUGUGGUUUGCUCCAGUAACCAAAACCGCAGCAUGGAGGCCCACAAUAUCCUCAGUAAACGUGGUUUCAGCGUACGAUCGUUUGGUACCGGGACUCACGUGAAGCUGCCAGGACCUGCCCCGGACAAGCCCAACGUUUACGAUUUCAAAACGACAUACGAUCAGAUGUACAGUGACCUCCUUAGAAAAGACAAAGAACUCUAUACACAGAAUGGGAUUUUGCACAUGUUGGACCGAAACAAACGGAUUAAGCCCCGCCCGGAAAGAUUCCAGAAUUGCAAAGACGUCUUCGAUUUGAUCUUAACGUGCGAAGAAAGAGUUUAUGAUCAAGUGAUAGAAGAUUUAAAUUCUAGAGAACAGGAAACAUGUCAGCCUGUACACGUAAUAAAUGUCGACAUUCAAGAUAAUCACGAAGAGGCAACUCUGGGUGCUUUCCUUAUCUGCGAGCUGUGCCAAUGUAUACAACACACGGAAGAUAUGGAAAAUGAGAUAGAUGAGCUAUUACAAGAAUUUGAAGAGAAAAGCGGGAGGACUUUUCUGCACACAGUCUGCUUUUAUUAAAAAAAAAAAAAACCAAUUCAGACGAACAAACCCAUUUCCUCCAGGCCUUACCGCAGACGAAAGAGGCAUGUUUAGUUUUGACUCAACGGGACAUUUCCCCCCUCCCUUUGGGAAAGCCAACGUCCAAUCCAACUCACUUUCUCGUUGCUGUUUUAAUUUCCUUCGGCCCACUGUAUUUUUAUUUUAUUGAUAUUAUUAUUAUUAUUAUUUGCGGCGCAAGGGAGGAGGUUUCUGUAGAGGGACGCAAAUGAACUCUGCUGAGAAAAACUUGAGGGGGGAAAAAGAAAAAAGAAAGAACUUCUCUUCCUUGAGCCUGGUUUAUUUAAGACUGAAAAGAUCAAGAUUUGUUUUUAAUCCCCUCUCCUCUCUUUCCCCCUUCCCCCUUUUCCCUUCCACUCUGGCUACCUUACUUGAAUGGUUAUAAGUAGGGUUUUAAUUAUACGAAGAAUGUUUUCCACAAAAGAUAUUGUUUCUAUGUGCCAGUAUAAAAUCUUAACUUUAUUUCGGUUGGUCGCUUUAUUGGGGAGGGGGUGGGACACGAACUGAACGGCUGGAAUAUGGAAAGAUUGGGCUGGAGCAAUGCAUAUCUUGUAUAAUAGUAGCAAUGAAAUUGGAAUCCUCUAAUAAAUGCAAAUCUCAUCGACUGUU